AAACUUAAUUGGUUCAAAUUAAGAAACCGCGUUUUUAAUCAGCUGUUUGUCAUCACAUGUUCGAGUAAACAAUCAAGAAAAACAAUUUCUACUUCUAAUCUUUUUUGUUUAUUUCUCUCGUAAUAUUAAACAUGGAUGAAGAUUUGUCACUUUCCUUUGAUAAUGUUAAUUAUACUCCAGUCCCUGGGUUUGAUUUCGAUUAUGAUAAACAAUUAACUCUCCUUAAAUCGGUUACCUCACCUUACCAAUCGCCAACAAAUUACCUGAAAGGAUGCAAAUGGUCACCGGAUGGAUCUUGUUUCUUAACCAAUAGUGAAGAUAAAAUUUUGAGAAUAUUCAAUUUACCUCAUGAUAUUUAUUCAACUCCAUUGGAUUUAAUUGUUGGUGAUGAUCAACAACAGCAACAAUCAGAUAUGUUACCAGUUCUUGAGAUGAAAACAAGUGAAUUGGUUUACGAUUAUAAUUGGUUUCCAUUAAUGAAUUCAAUGGAUCCUUCAUCAUGUUUUUUUCUGACCACUAGUAGAGAUAAUCCGAUUCAUCUUUGGGACGCUUAUACCGGACAAAUUGUCGCAGUUUAUUCACCAUACAAUCAUUUAGAUGAACUUAUUUCUGCUUAUUCUGUUGCCUUCAGUCCUGAUGGAGAAAAAAUUUAUGCCGGUUUUAAGAAAGGAAUUCGGGUUUUUCAUGUUCGUUCACCAGGUAAAGUUUGCGAGGAAAGAUUGACCCAUGGAGUGGGUGGACAACAUGGGAUAAUCUCUUGUAUCACCGUUAAUCCGGUGAGACGUGACAUCUAUGCUGUUGGAUCGUAUUCCAAACAAAUUGGCCUUUACGAGGAGCCCACUGGUGAUCCGAUAUGUAUUUUAGAGGGCCAACGAGGAGGAUUGACACAUUUGACCUUUUCUCCUGAUGGAACUAAAUUGUUCAGUGGUGGGAGACGAGAUGGUGAAAUUUUAUGCUGGGAUAUGAGGAAAUUAAGCUCCAUUUUAUUUACUCUCAAGCGAACGGUAAUAACCCACCAGCGGAUUUAUUUCGACAUUUCUUCUAAUGGUAAUUGUCUUGUUUCGGGAGGUGAUGAUGGUCAUGUUACUUUUUGGAAUCUUGAUGAUAAAGAUGAACAAUCAACCAAUGGAUUUCUUGAUCCGGUUAAAAAAUUCAAGGCUCAUAAUGAAAGUGUCAACGGAGUUUCACUUCAUCCAUCGCUUCCGCUUAUGGUCACUUCUUCUGGUCAACGGAGAUUACCCAUUGCCACUGAUUCAGAUGAUGAGGAUCAUCAUUUUAUUUCAAAACCAGUUGAUAAUUGUGAUAAUUCAAUCAAAAUCUGGAUGAUUCCAAUCAUCAGAAAUGAGGAGGAAAUUCAUCAUCAGAAUCCCGAUUCCAUCUCAGAAGAAACAACCAAUCAACUUGGCACAAUUGAACCAAAUUUAUCAGGGUGAUACUAAAGAGCCAAAGUUUUUAAACAUUUUUUCACAAUCAAAUCUUUUUACUUAAAUCAUUAAAAAAACGUUCAUAAGUGA